UUGACCUUUCUUCUAAUAAUAAACCACGCCGCUGCCAUUCCAAUUCCGGCAACCGACCAUUCACCCCCAAUUCAAUCCGACCAUCAAUACCGAAGGUGACAAUUUCUUAUUAAAAUUCCUCAAAUGCACCGAAGAUAUAUAUCAUCAUUAUACAUAUUUAUUCAUUCUAAUUCAUUAAAAAAACUCCAAUUAAAUCCAACCCAUUUAUUAAGUUCCUCAAGAACCUUAACAGUAGACACAACAACAACAACAACAACAACAACAACAACAACAACAGCAACAACAACAAAAACUGAAUCUCUAGAUUCCGACAAUGAUUAUGAUUUGUUUGCAGACAUACCGAAACCUCCUAAGAGCAAAUCCGAAAGAAAACCAUACCCAACACCCAUGAAAAUUUUAGUCCAAAGAGCCAAGAAAGAAAGACAAGAUAGAAAGGCCCAACCUUGUAAGCUUUUAGAACAACCCCCUGAAAAUGGUCUGCUUGUUCCUGAACUGGUGGAUGUAGCCCAUCGAGUUUAUCGAGCUAGAGAAUCGAUUUUACUCGGUUUGCCUAAGCUCGUGAAUGCCGUUCCAGUUCUUCGAUGCAGACAUUGCUUUGAGGUUCAUGUUGGUGAGGUAGGUCAUGAGAUUAGGACAUGUACUGGUCCAAAGAGUGGUUUAAGAAAUGCUACCCACGUCUGGCGAAAAGGAAGAAUUCAUGAUGUAAUAUAUUUUCCCAAAUGCUUCCAUCUCUAUGACCGUGUUGGGAAGCCACGGGUUGUACAUAAUGAGAGUCGUUCAGCCAAACAACUUCCGGGCAUUGUAGAGCUCUGCAUACAGGCUGGAUUGAACCUUGAAAAGUACCCUACAAAGAGAAGAACCAGACCUGUAUAUAGCAUAGAAGGUAGAAUUGUGGAUUUUGAGUUAGACACAGAUAAAAGGAUAGGAAACUUAGACACAGAUAAAAUGAUAGAAAGCCAGAUUGAUUACAGUGCAGCUCUUUCUUUGAACACGGGCGAGUCACCUAAGGUUGAUUUAUGGGAAUUGAGCACAGUGACGCUUGAUUCCUGGUUUGAAAUGAUAUCUGGUGUGAAGAAGAUAAUGGAAAAAUACAAAGUUCAUACAUGUGGAUAUUGUCCUGAGAUUCAGGUUGGUCCCAAGGGGCAUAAGGUUAGGAAUUGCAAGGCGUCAAAACAUCAGUCUCGAAAUGGCAUGCAUGCAUGGCAAGAAGCGACAAUUUUUGAUGUGGUGGGACCCAAUUACGUUUGGCAUGUUUCUGACCCAUCGGGUCCUCCAUUGUGCAAUGAUUUGAAGAGGUAUUAUGGUAAGGCUCCUGCGUUGGUUGAGCUAUGUGUGCAAGCAGGUGCACUCGUUCCAGAACAAUACAGGAGUAUGAUGAGAUUAGAUGUUGUUCCUCCGUGUCGUGAUGAACUGGACCUUGUUGCAUAGAAGUGUCAAAAUGGGCAUAAAUGAGCAGGUUUGGUAGGCUACCUAGCUGAAGUUAACAUUCUUUUGACGGUUUCGCUGUAUGUACUUGUACUUGUAUACUUGUUCACUACUGGAUCUUGUUAUACGGCAGAUGCUCAUACAAUGCGCCACUAAUGCAUUUGGUUCUUCAGUGCUCCAGCCUUUGUUCGUUUGGUACAUCAAGCACACCAGCAUUUGUUGCUUUGAUUACUCCUGCUUUUGGAGCCUAAGGGACUACUACUUUGGGUACUGCUAGUUCUUUUUUCGGUUUUGGGUUGUCCAACAUUUGGUCAAUCAGCAUCUGCAUUCGAACUUCGAAGCAGUCAUUUGGUACUACUACCCCAGCCAUUGGGGCACAAAGCUCCCCAUUUGGUACACUUUGUUCCAUAGAUGGCUGUUUCUCUGUUCUAGAACUAAGAAUGUGUACUGUGGUGAUAGAAAGUGUUUAUUUGAAGUAAACCUUUCAUGAAAGGCACACAUGAAGUCCGGCCCAAGACUCUCGGGUAUCGCGAACCCCACUUCACCCUUGCCAACGCCAAUUGAGAUCUGGCCCAAGACUCUCGCGUAUUGCGAACUUCUAAAGGUUCAAGGUUCGAAUGUACUCUUGGAUAGAUAGCCUAUAGUUUACAUUCUAAAUGGGUUUUUGCUUUAUUAGCCAAACAUAUUAUACCAUUUUAAAAUUUUGCUUCUUAAUCAAUUAUAACCAAACCAAAAUUUAAUGCUUA